GUGGUAUAGCGUAAAGCGAGUUGGGAGCGUUUGGUUGGAAACUUCGUUUGAGGGGUCUUGGAUUGCUCCGUGACGUGCGUGUGUCGCGAGUCUGAUUCACACCUUUGAACGCGUUAGCGACGUUUCAACUACAACAGCAGCCAGCAAAAGAAAAGCAAAGAUGUCUUCUCGCAAAACAGCAGGACGUCGUGCAACAACGAAAAAACGAGCUCAACGUGCCACUUCCAACGUAUUUGCCAUGUUUGAUCAGGCUCAGAUAGCCGAAUUCAAAGAGGCUUUCAAUAUGAUAGAUCACAAUCACGACGGAUUCAUAGAUAAAGAGGAUUUGCAUGAUAUGCUCGCUUCUCUCGGUACGUAUCCUUUAUUUCAAUCUAUUCUUGAGACAUGUAUGAAAAAAAAAAAAAAAGUAAGCCCCGAACUUGCAGGAAAAAAUCCAACGGACGAAUACCUUGAGGGAAUGAUGAAUGAAGCUCCUGGCCCCAUUAAUUUCACUAUGUUUCUGACUCUAUUCGGUGAGAGGCUGCAGGGUACCGAUCCGGAAGAUGUUAUCAAAAACGCUUUUGGCUGCUUCGACGAGGAAAAUACAGGACACAUCAACGAAGAACGUCUAAGAGAACUUCUCACCACAAUGGGAGAUCGUUUCACGGACGACGAUGUUGAUGAAAUGUAUCGCGAGGCACCGAUCAAGGGCUCCAUGUUCGAUUAUCUCGAAUUCACGCGAAUUCUCAAACACGGUGCCAAGGACAAGGACGAACAGUGAGAGCGAUUUCGAAUGUUCAUCCGAAUACUGUUUACCAUUUCUACUUUCUGUCGUCGUCAAGCCGACGACGAGCAUUUAAGAAACAUAACGCGUGUCCAAACAUGUAUACUCCGUUAUUAUUAUUAUUAUUAUUAUUAUUAUUAUUAUUAUUAUUAUUACUAUUACUAUUACUAUUGAGAAUAUUGAGAUGAUGAAUUAAUUGUCGUAGAAUCGGCAUUUGUAUUUUAAUACAACGAAUCAUCGUCUGCACGGUU